AUGUCAGUGGUUUUGUAUGAUAAAGUCAAAGCAGGCUGGAAGUGGCACAGUCCAGCUUGUUACUGGGUGGGCGAAGAUCUUUUCACUUUCGAUGAAGCCAAAAAGGCCUGUGAGGACCAAAGCGCCGCCCUUGUUACCAUCACUAAUAGGUUCGAGCAGGCCUUCGCCAACAGCCUGGUGUUCGGCCGCUCUGGAGAUUCCUUCUGGAUCGGCCUCCGUAAUCAGGGCAGCGGCGGCUCCUUCCACUGGCUUAGCGGAGAUGAAGUUUCUUACACCAACUGGAACAGAGAUCAGCCAGUGAGCAUCGGCGGCGGCUGCGUCUCCAUGGCGACAGGCUUCGCAACAGGUCUGUGGGAGGUGAGGGAGUGUGCGUCAUCCAAGGCCAAAUUCAUCUGCCGGCAGAACCAGGACACGUCGCUGAGCCCCGAGCCCCCCGUCCCGCAGCCCACCCCCAGCCUCAGCGGCUCCUGCCCCAACGGCUGGAAGAGCAACACCAACCUGCGCUACUGCUACAAG